AUGUCUGGAAGUGUACAGAGUUUACUUUGUGUUACAGCGACUCCAUCACCAGCAGACUGCCACCGCCUCGGUGUCGCCAGCGUUGCCGGGAACCUGGAGGAGGUGAAGCGGCUCCUGUCUCGGGGCGUGGACGCCAGCUGUAGAUGGUUGAGCCUGACACCGUUGAUUAGGGCAGCACGGCAUGGACACAGAGACGUGGUGGAGCUCCUGGUGAGUAAAGGAGCUGAUGUGUCACAGGUGGACUAUGUCGGUGACAACGCCCUUCACCGCGCCUGUUUUGGAGGAGACAUGGAGACGGUGAAGUUUGUGCUGUCUCUGAAUGUGGUGGACAUCAACUGUAGAGGAGGGAGGAGCAUGACACCGGUGAUGCAGGCAGCACGGUGGAAACACAGGGAGGUGGUGGAGCUCCUGGUGGGUAAAGGAGCCGAUGUGUCACUGGUGAAUGGGAGAGGUAACAACAUCCUUCACCUCGCCUGUGCUGGAGGACACUUGGAGACGGUGGAGUUUGUGCUGUCACUGAACGUGGUGGACAUCAACGCCAGGAACAACGACGGGGAGACAGCGGCCGACGUGGCGAGACGCAAGGGACAUACGCGACUGGUGGAUAUCCUCGUGUCCCGCGGCGCUCAAUGA